AUGAUGGUGGAGGAAGAGCAGGAGGAGGCGGAGGUGGAGAGACAUGUAAAGGAGCUGCUCACCAGGAUGAAACAGGACAUGAUGGAGGAUGAUUGGGGCUCAACCAAAGGUGUACACAGGAUCGCCAGGAGGGCUUACUGGAGGUCUGGAGGAGAUGUGAAAGUUGAGGCUGCACGCAGCAGGGCUGAGACUGGGGCCGCCCUGAGAGAUGACGGGCCUUACUCUAAGAACAAGGAGCCCUCAGGGACAGACCAUACCCUGGGCACCCGGAGGCACAGCAUCCCAGCGCUGCGGGGGGUGACCAUCGUGGAGCUGUUAAAGAAGGAGGGCAGUACUCUGGGUCUCACCAUCUCUGGAGGAACCGACAAGGACGGGAAACCACGGGUGUCCAACCUGCGACCUGGCGGCCUGGCAGCCAGGAGCGACCAGCUCAACGUGGGCGACUACAUCAAGUCCGUCAACGGCAUCAACCUGAUGAAGCUUCGCCACGAGGAGAUCAUUAGCCUGCUGAAGAACGUGGGGGAGAGGGUGGUGCUGGAGGUGGAGUACGAACUGCCCCCUACAGCUCCAGACAGCUCCUCAGGGGUCAUUUCUAAGACACUCGAGAUGUGUUUACAGAAAGAGGGCACCAGCUUUGGCUUCGUCAUGAGAGGAGGCUCGCAUGAGGACUGGCACAAGUCCCGCCCCCUAGUGGUGACCUACGUCAGACCAGGAGGGCCUGCAGACAGAGAGGGCACCUUGCGUGCGGGUGACCGUCUCCUGAGUGUGGACGGCGUACCCCUCCACAACGCCAGCCAUGGCGAUGCCCUCAGCGUGCUGGCUCAGUGUGGCCAGGAGGCUCUGUUCCACAUCGAGUACGACGUCUCCAUCAUGGACACAGUAACCAACGCAUCAGGACCCUUAUUGGUGGAGAUUGCCAAGUCACCAGGGGCAACGCUGGGUAUUACCUUGACGUCAGCCACUCACAGGAACAAGCCGGUUAUUGUCAUCGACAAGAUCAAGGCUGCUAGCGUGGUGGACAGGUGCGGAGCGCUGCAUGUGGGUGACCACAUCCUGUCCAUUGAUGGGACCGGCACGGAGCACUGCUCGGUGCUGGAGGCCAUGCAGCUCCUGGCCAGCACCUCGGACCAGGCCAGGCUGGAGAUCCUGCCAGCUCACCACAGCAGGCUGGCCAGCAAGCCUCAGGACACGGUGAAGGUCCAGAAGAGUGACCACCCUCACUCCUGGGACCCCUGUGUCAACUUCUGCCACACCCCCAACCCCCCGCUCGGCCACACCCCCAACGCCCAGAACUCCCACAACAAGACUUCUACCUGGACCGCCUCCAGCACAGUCUCCACCAAUCAGGAGUACUGCAAAUCCUUGGUCUCCAGCAGCUUCUCCCCAGGCUCCACCACCACCUCGGGCCCCAGCAGCCUCAGCUCCAGCACCUUGCCCAGAACUACAGUUCCCAUGAGCCCGCGCAACUCCAUGCUAAAGAGGAGGCAGAGGAAAAAAGAACACAAGAGUUCCUUAUCCCUGUCAUCCAGCUCAGUGGGCCCAGGAGGUCAGGUGGUCCACAUCGAGACCAGUGAGGUGGUUCUGAGAGGCGAUCCGCUUAACGGGUUUGGAGUCCAGAUACAGGGGGGCAUCUUCGCCACGGAGACUCUCUCGGCCCCCCCGCUCAUACGCUUCAUCGAGCCAGACAGCUCCGCAGAGAGGUGUGGUCUGCUGCAGGUGGGAGACAGAAUGCUGUCCAUCAAUGGAAUCCCCACAGAGGACGGAACCCUGGAGGAGGCCAAUCAGCUGCUCCGAGAUGCCGCACUGACCAAUAAGGUCACUCUGGAGAUUGAGUUUGAUGUGGCAGAGUCGGUGGUGCCAAGCAGUGGAACAUUCCACGUUAAGCUUCCCAAGAAGAGAGGAGUGGAGCUGGGAAUCACUAUUAGUGCCAGUAAGAAGCCAGGAGAGCCUCUGAUCAUCUCAGAUAUCCAGAGGGCCAGCAUGGCACACAGGACUGGUACUCUGGAGCCGGGGGACAAGCUGCUGGCCAUUGAUAACGUCCGUCUGGAGAGCUGCUCCAAGGAGGAUGCAGAGCACAUCCUGCAGCAGUCUGAAGACCUGGUCAAGCUCAAGAUACGCAAGGAUGAAGACAACUCAGACGAACAGGAGACCUCCGGCUCCAUCAUCUACACGGUGGAGCUGAAGCGCUACGGAGGCCCUCUAGGCAUCACCAUCUCAGGCACCGAGGAACCCUUCGACCCCAUCACCAUUUCUGGGCUCACCAGGAGGGGGCUGGCCGAGAGGACGGGGGCCAUCCACGUAGGGGACCGUAUCCUGGCCAUCAACAGUGUGAGUCUGAAGGGGAAGCCGCUGAGCGAGGCCAUCCACCUGCUGCAGAUGGCCGGGGAGACGGUCACGCUGAAGAUCAAGAAGCAGCUGGAUGCCUCGGAGGAGAAGAAGAGGGAGGAGGGAGAGGAGGAGGAGGACCUGGAGGGGGAGGACACCACGGAGCUGAGCGACGGCGAGGACGAGCUGACCGACUCCCAGCGCACCAACAAGCUGUCAGAGAUCUACUCCACCACCAUCCCCAGCGUCGACUCCGCCAUGGAGUCCUGGGACGGCUCCGGGCUCGACGCCGGCUACGGCAGCCAGGGUACCUACCUUCAUCAGGCCGCGGGCGUGGCCCUGCACCCCCAUGAGUGGAGGAGUGCCAAGCAGAGGAGCAGCCCACCCCCUGCUGGACGCAGGAAGAACUACCCCUUCAGUGACGGGGGCUUCAGCGAGGACGACUGGGACAAACCUACUGGGUUCCCCAGCCAACCCAACCAUGAGGACAGAUACACCAUACAGGUCAACCCUCUACAAGAGGAGAGAUAUGUCACCCACUCCAACCCGCUCCACCAAGACAGGUAUGCCAACCAAGGGCAUUAUGCCAACCAGGGGCACCAGGAGGGCAGGUACACCAGCUACCCCAACCCCAGCCAGGAUGCCACGUAUGCCAAUCAAGAGGACCAGGAGGGCAGGUAUGCUUGUCACCCCAACCCCAACCAAGACGGCAUCUUGCUGGAUCCGGAGGACAGCUUCUGGUGCCAGGCUCUGGAGGACCUGGAGACGUGCGGACAGGCAGAGCUGCUCAGGGAGAUUGAGGCUUCCAUAAUGACAGGUAGUGGAAUCACCCUAGGGGUGUCAGGCGGCCGGCCUGCCCCAGACCCCCUCUCCCAGGCUGGGCACAGUCCUCUGAGACGCCCCCCUAUGCUGCACCCGGAUCCCAAGAGCAAGGCCUCCCUCCGCAUGUCCGAGAGGACCUGGGAGUCUCGCAGGAUCAAGGAGGAGAUGCAGGAGAUCCUCUCUCCCACACCCCUGGAACUGCACAAGGUGACAGUGAUGAAGGAUCCGGAGAGUGAUGACUUUGGCUUCAGUGUGUCGGAUGGUUUCCUGGAGAAAGGUGUUUACGUCAACAUGAUCAGGCCUGAUGGGCCUGCUGACAGGGCGGGCCUCAGGCCGUACGACAGGAUCCUUCAGGUGAACCAUGUCAGGACGCGGGACUUUGACUGCUGCCUGGCGGUGCCCCUGAUCACGGAGGCUGGGGACCGCCUGGAGCUGGUGAUCAGCAGGAACCCCCUGGCCCAGGGGAGCCCCCCACUGCCCUCCGCCACCCUGCAUAACCACUCCCACACACUCACCAGCACCAUGGACCUGUGACCACACACACACACCUUGGUGUGCUCACACACACACAGCAAACCUGAAUUGACUGGACCUCCGGCAGAACAAACAUCAACGCAAACACAUGCAUAGACACACAUUCUUGUGAUAGACCCAUGCACCUGUGAUCCCCCUUGCCCCCCAUUGACACACACGCACACAAAGUGAUUCAGUGACAAUCAGCCCAUACAGAAUCAACAUGGUACAGAAGAAAAAGAAGCUGUUCCUUAUGUUAUUUUCAUAUCUUGCCCUUCUGCCAGCAUCUCCCUUGACUACAGCCAAGUCAAGUGAACUUUGACCUUGGAGAUGGAACUGUUUAAAUUUAGACCUGUUUGUUUGUUUGGAGAUCUGACUUUGUAAAGGGGGUGAGUUGGCUAUGGAAGAACCAAGCUAAUGUGAAGUUAUUUCCUGUGUGUUUGUGUGUGUGUGUGUGUAUGUGUGUGAGAAAGAAAUGAUAUUCUAUGUGAAUGUUGAAUGGCUAAACAAGAUAUUGAUGAAAUGAAUUGGCUUACCAUGGGUUCAGUUUCCCUGAUGUGCUCUUUACAUGCACACACACACACACAUGCACUUCUGCCCCUCAUCCUGAAAUAGUGUAGCACCAAGACCCCACAUCUAAUGAACAGGAAUCAAUCUUCACAAUCUUCUCCCCUCUCCUCUCCUCAGCAGGAUUCCUACCCAGGUUUCCUGACAGACAGAGAAGCACAGUGUGAGCUGUAACCACAGUUAGCCCAGCUCACCUCUGAGGACCAUGACAGGAGACCCUCAGACACAUGUACAGUCACCAUGCCAACAUGCACAAACAUGUCUCCACGUGAUAUGUUACUCUCCCACACAGUUAGCAUGGAGAGAGGUCAACCUGAUGGGUUGUUUUUGAGAAAUGGUAUGCUUGGGCAUGUGUGUGAGAAUGUGCUUGUGAGAAUGUGUGUGUGUGUACUAUCCAGGUAUUUUUAGCCCCUAUUCCUUCCCUGGUCAGCACAUUCCUUCCCGCUCCUAAAGUCUAUUUGGAGGUUAUUUGUUUUGUCCCAGAGCUGCCCUAUUCCUGCCAAAACCCUCUCACUCAAUUACCAGUCCAUUAUACCUCACCAGAACACGCUCCUCAGGGGGAGAGCAGGGCAUGUGCACACACACACACACACUACUGUACUUUCGCACACACACACACUCACGCACUUACUCACUCACACACACUCUCUUACUUUCUCUCUGACACACACAUAGACAUGCACACACACACACACACAUGCAUACAUACUAUACUUUCACACACACACACACACUCUCACACACACACACACGCACACACACACACACACACAUACACACACUCAGCAAGGAUGGCAGGCAGAAAGAGUCAGCUCAUUGUUCAGGAGUUAGCAGAGUUUUACUGCAGAACAACCAAGCCUCUGUUCUCCUCUAGUCAUACAAUUAUAUACUCUAUCUGUUACACCCUGUUACUCUUUAAUCUCCCUCCCUCUCUCUCAAAUAUUUCUCCAACGCACAUUCUCUCUUUCUCUCUCUCUCUGACUCUCUCUUUCUCUCUUUCUCUUCGUUCUCUCUUUCUUUUUGAUACAGCUCUCAGCUGUCUCUGAGAACGCCAAGCCCCUGAUAAUGUUCAGGUCUAAUCACGUAUUUGGAUUAGCUGCAUGUUUGUACGACACAGAAACUCAAACCUAGACAAACACACACACACACAUGUACACACACCACCCUUCCUGAGUAGCUAGUUGUUGUUUUCCAAAAGAGAUCCUCUGGACGUGCAGCAUUUCUGCAGGACAUAGUGUAACAUGUUCUGUAUGUAACCUACCGUAUGUAACAUGUACUGUAUGUAUUCCAUGAAAAAGAGAGGACUCUGUUUUCUACACAAUACUAAGUGGCCAAAAAAAAGAGUUUCAAAGCAGCCUGCUAUGCUGCCCUGUAUGAGUGUUCAUCCCUAUGCAUUUUAAUGGUCAAUUUACUGUAUGUAUGCAUUGGUAUGUGGUGUAAUUUCAAAUGUGUAAAGUUCUAUUCCCUGUAUAGUAUUUUUAUAUGGUCUUUUUUCCGCUGAAGGAUCCAAGCACAAGUCAGAAGCGAGCCGACGCCGACUCAGGUGAAGGAAAUAUGGGCAGUGAUUUUUUCAUUGUUGUUUUUCUUUUGUUCAUUUUGUAUGAAAAACGAAACAAACCGUACUGCUAAUGCUUCUCUUUUUGAGAAGCACAAGAAAGAAAGAAAGUCAAAUUGAA